UAGGGCGGGCCCGCGCCCGGCUCCCCACUGCGCUGCCCAGAGGCCCUGUGAGUCCCGGGUCCCGCAGCCCCGACGCCCACCAUGGACAUCGCCAUCCAGCACCCCUGGUUCAGGCGCGCCCUGGGCCCCCUCCUCCCCAGCCGGCUCUUCGACCAGUUCUUCGGCGAGGGCCUCUUCGAGUGCGACCUGCUGCCCUUCCUGUCCUCCACCGUCAGCCCCUACUACCGCCAGUCCCUGCUGCGCACCGUGCUGGACUCCGGCAUCUCCGAGCUCAUGACCCAUUUGUGGUUUGUAAUGCACCAACCACAUGCUGGAAGCCCCAAGAGCAACCCCACCAAGGUCCGAUCCGACCGGGACAAGUUUGCCAUCUUCCUGGACGUGAAGCACUUCUCCCCGGAGGACCUCACCGUGAAGGUGCAGGAGGACUUUGUGGAGAUCCACGGCAAGCACAGCGAGAGGCAGGACGAUCAUGGUUACAUCUCCCGGGAGUUCCACCGCCGCUACCGCCUGCCUUCCAACGUGGACCAGUCGGCUCUCUCCUGCUCCCUGUCUGCCGACGGCAUGCUGACCUUCUCUGGGCCCAAGGUCGUCGCACCUGGUGGGGACGCGGGCUACGGCGACCGGGCCAUCCCCGUGUCACGGGAGGAGAAACCCGGCUCUGCCCCCUCGCCCUGAGCUGGGCCGCGCGUCCGCUGCCACCCGCUGCUGCCCCUGCCACCAUCCAACCGGGGGAGCCCUAGGAACGGGGCAUUUGUCUUCCCUCUUUCCUCUUUCUCCUUCCCUUCUCCUCCCUCUUCUCCGAGGGAAUGAGGGUUUGAGAGCGCAGCCUGGAGGGUUUGGGACCUCGGUCGGAGGUGCUGUGACCCCAGAUCCCAACACCGGCCAGUUGGUGGGAGUGACAGCCAUCCCACUCCAUUAGACAACUGCCCGCCCUGCUGGGGGGCGCAGGCCCGCCUCGGCUGACCGAGGACAGCCCUGCUGAGCCAUCCCCGGGUGCCUUCCAGCCAGGCGCAUCUGACCAUGGCAGCGGGCACCUCAUCAGGGCCCGGCCGUGGGCUGCCACGUGUGCCCAGCCCCAAGGGGCUGACCCUUGGAGGCCCAAGUGCCCGGCCCUCAGAAGCCCGCUUCUCUCUUCUCUCCUCCUUCCUCUCUGCAGUCCGCUCCUGGGCGCCUGGCGCCCCUGACAUGCAGCCCGUGGCAGUCAAUAAAGAGCAGGUGACACAGCA